CACGUGUCGAAGAGGGUUCACGGCUGCCCAAUGAGAGCAAGGCAAGCGGAGGGCAUGGUCAAGACGCGAAGCCAAUAGGAGGAGACUGCGCGGAGCACGCCGGGAUGAUGGAGAAUUUUUCCGCUCUCUUCGGAGGGACAGAACCUCCUUCGUCUGCCGCAGCCGCUGCGCUCGGCUUUGGCCCAGGGAAGUCGGGGGGGCCUGUGACCGGGCCGCCUCCCGUACCUGCGGGGACUCCUGUCGGCGAAGAGGCGGCGAGGAAAGCGUCGUCUGCCAGCGGCCCCUUUUACCUAAUGCGCGAGUUACCAGGUACCACUGAACUAACAGGAAGUACAAACUUGAUCACCCACUACAACCUGGAACAUGCCUACAACAAAUUUUGUGGCAAAAAAGUGAAGGAGAAGCUCAGCAACUUUCUGCCAGAUCUUCCGGGAAUGAUUGAUUUACCAGGUUCUCAUGACAACAGCAGCUUGCGUUCUCUAAUUGAAAAGCCUCCUAUCUGUGGGAGCUCAUUCAACCCUCUCACUGGUACCAUGCUUACAGGAUUUCGUCUUCAUGCAGGCCCGUUGCCAGAGCAGUGUCGUUUAAUGCACAUCCAGCCACCUAAGAAAAAAAACAAGCACAAGCACAAGCAGAGUCGGACCCAGGAUCCUGUCCCUCCAGAAACUCCCUCAGAUUCUGACCACAAGAAAAAGAAGAAGAAAAAAGAGGAUGAUCCUGAGAGGAAAAGAAAGAAGAAGGAGAAAAAGAAAAAGAAGAAUCGACAUAGCCCUGAGCACCCAGGUGUGGGCAGCUCUCAGGCCAGCAGCAGCAGCAGCCUCCGAUAAAAGUCCUGCAACAGACAACGGUGGGGAGAUCUCUCCAGAAAGGACUUGGCAGACAAAAGGAGAUGGAGCAUAGUGUGGGAACCGCUGAUGACUCACAUAAUCCUCUUCAGCUUCUGGAUGAACACGUAGACAGUGACUGCUGGGUGGAACUUCUGGAACUCUGUUGGCCUCUUUCUGGGGAACACAAAGUUUUGCCUGGGACAUGAUACAGGCUGGUGUCUUCAACUGAGAGAGCCCGUUACUUUUUCUUUUGAUUUUGUACAAAAUAAUCCUGACUUGGUUGGGAUGUGUCUGUUUGAUGUUUAAUUAAAUCUCUGUUUGAGGAGAUGGUAAUGAUUUGAAGGAAUGGCUUCUGGAACCUCCUCCUCUCUUGUCAUUGGCUUGGAAACCAUUCUGUGUGAAUCUGUGAGUAACAGAUGAUGAGCAGAGACUGCAGAUCUCCUUGUUGUUGUGGAGCAUGGCCAGGGGCUGAUGGGUAAGUUAGUAGCCUGACUAGAAGGAGUGGAUAUGACCAGGCUUUUUCUAAAUAUGGAACUAAGAAGAAUUUAAGGGGGAAAAAGAGACAAGAACAAGGUUGGAUUUCACUUCCCACUAUAAUCUUUGCCCCUAAAUAGUCUGAUUUCAUAUCAGGUGGACAGCUAAGUGAAAAGCACUGACCAAAAAAGUCCCAUAACAGCUGUAACAGGCAGAGUUCUGAAGCUGGUCCUUGAAUCCAAGGAUAAAUUUGUUCUGGGAUUCUUUUCCCCAAGGGCUCACUUGUUGGAUGAAGGCUUUUCUACAGGUUGUUCCUUAAUGUUAUUUUAACUGAGAAGAUUUAAUGUUUGCCUCCAGAAGGGAGAAGACAGUGACAAAUACCCACAGAAGAGAUGGAAGCAUCUUGAAAGCUCUUGAACUUGGCGAAUAGAAAUCAUUCAUCUGCUUUACUCUUCUGUAGCAUAGUUCUCUUUUUUUUAUAUUACUACCUCAUUGUAAGCAUCCUGGCAAAAAUAGCUCAACUUUUUGCUGUUUUUAUCUGUGUUUCUUUUUGGUAUCUAAACAGAGAAAAGUAACACAUCUGCUCCAUUUGUGAAAAUGGCUGCAAAUGUAAUCUCUUUGGGGAUAAUUGGCUACCAGACCACUGUGCUUGUUGACAGAAAGGGUAUUCCAUUUAGUUCUUAAUGCAAAGAUGGGAAGGAGAUGGGGUAUCUUUGCUUUGAUCAGUGUCCCUCUUACAGGCAAACCUAAUGUUACAAUAAACCCUCAGAAUUCUUAUGCUUAGAUCUUCUGCUAAAUCUGUGGAGAUGGUGCAGGGUCAUGGCAUGAUGUAGCUAUUUUCCUAGAAAAAUGGCAGGCUUCAUGCAAGAAGACAGCAACAGUGUGGGUGUCUUUUACUUUCCCCAUAGUUAAUAACUGCUUCUGCUACACAAAUUUUUGUCAACAUGGAGAAUAAAAGUUUAACCUUCCA